CGGCCAGGCCGGGCGGACGGCGGGAUGGGGUGCACCGUGAGCGCCGAGGACAAGGCGGCGGCCGAGCGCUCCAAGAUGAUCGAUAAGAACCUGCGGGAAGACGGCGAGAAGGCGGCGCGGGAGGUGAAGUUGCUGUUGCUAGGUGCGGGCGAGUCGGGUAAGAGCACCAUCGUCAAGCAGAUGAAGAUCAUCCACGAGGACGGCUACUCGGAGGAGGAGUGCCGGCAGUACCGGGCGGUCGUCUACAGCAACACCAUCCAGUCCAUCAUGGCCAUUGUCAAGGCCAUGGGCAACCUGCAGAUCGACUUCGCCGACCCCUCCCGGGCGGACGACGCCAGGCAGCUGUUUGCCCUGUCCUGCACGGCCGAGGAGCAGGCCCUGCUUUCCGAUGACCUGUCCGGCGUCAUCCGGAGGCUCUGGGAAGACCACGGGGUGCAGGCCUGCUUUGGCCGCUCGAGGGAAUACCAGCUCAACGACUCGGCCGCCUACUACCUGAAUGACCUGGAGCGCAUCGCACAGAGCGACUACAUCCCUACGCAGCAGGACGUGCUGCGCACCCGCGUGAAGACCACUGGCAUUGUGGAGACGCACUUCACCUUCAAGGACCUGCACUUCAAGAUGUUUGAUGUGGGCGGGCAGCGGUCCGAGCGGAAGAAGUGGAUCCACUGCUUUGAAGGGGUCACCGCCAUCAUCUUCUGCGUGGCCCUGAGCGCCUACGACCUGGUGCUGGCCGAGGACGAGGAGAUGAACCGCAUGCACGAGAGCAUGAAGCUCUUCGACAGCAUCUGCAACAACAAGUGGUUCACGGACACGUCCAUCAUCCUCUUCCUCAACAAGAAGGACCUGUUCCUGGAGAAGAUCACCCACAGCCCCCUGACCAUCUGCUUCCCCGAGUACACAGGUGCCAGCAAUUUCGACGAGGCGGCCAGCUACAUCCAGAGCAAGUUCGAGGACCUGAACAAGCGCAAGGACACCAAGGAGAUCUACACGCACUUCACGUGCGCCACGGACACCAAGAACGUGCAGUUCGUGUUCGACGCGGUGACCGACGUCAUCAUCAAGAACAACCUGAAGGACUGCGGCCUCUUCUGAGCGACCGCGGGGCCGCCAGAUCUAGUGGACCACCGCUGACUGCUACCCCCGACCCCCGAGGAAGAUGGGGGCAAGAGGACCAUGCACCCCACCUGUGCCCCUGGCCACUUCUCUCUCCUCUCCCCUCGCUCCUUGGCUUCCCCUGCCCCUCCCUCAGCUCUAAAGAUUCCAGGGAGAGGUUGCCACAGGUCUUUCUGUUCGAAGCCUGCCCUUGGCCGAGGUGCCAGAAUGGCCACGGUGCCCCCUUCAAGCUGGGCAUUUGUCCUGGUCUUUAAACCGUUGUCUUAUUCUGUGAUUGGGGGCAAGGGGGGAGAGCACAUGCUUGAGUCUCCCAAAGCCUCUGGCUGGAGGGGCACCCACUUCUCCAGCCUGGGACCCCUGGCUUCGCCCAACACCAGCCCCCAAUGCAGCCCAAGUCCAAAUGUUUACAGGGAGCCUCCUGCUCACCCCCACCCCCACUGCCCCUAUGCCCACCCCUUCCCCAACUCAACUGCUUGGAGGCCCCAAAAGGAAAAAAGCACAAGAAUUGUGAGAUGCCACCAUUCCUGGGGACCACAGGCUGACCACCUGCUCAUUCUCCUCGCUUUUUAAAAAAAAUGAAAGUAAAGGGAAAAAAAAAAGUAGAAAACUUUUUAGAGAAAAAGACUAUUUAAAACUGUCAGGUCCUGACCAGCACCACCCACUCGCCCGCUCUCCCAGUGAUUCCGUGCCUUGAGUGUGUCUGCGUGUUUACACCCCCUCUGCUGGCUGGCCCCCCAUGGGGACAGUGCCCUGCCCUGCCUUCCCCAGAAUGGGUUCCAAGGGCUGUUCCGGACAACUGCCACCAUCACCGAGGGCCCCUCCCAGCGGCCCUGGCUCCAUUAACCCAAAUGUAGCUCAUUAGCGCUAACCUAGGCAUCACCGCUGCCUGCUGAGGGGCCUGGCCCCUCCUGCCCUCACCCCAGGUCCCGGGGUCUUCAGCAUCGAACACUUCCUUGCUUUUUUCACAUGUUUUAUGGAAUUGUUCACCUGGUUUGAAAUAAUAAAAUGUAGAAAGAAAAACAAACAAA